AUGGCAGACUCGCAAACUUCACGCACUUCGGCGAGCCACGAAACAAGGCAGACACUCUCAGAGCGAAACACACGACGCCUCGAAUUGGCCAAGCAGAUGGGAAAGACAGUUGACGACUUGAUCUGGGACCCAAACGAGAUGGCGUUCACGUGGGACGACAUGCAGUCGGAGACGACAACGACUCUCGCGAAUGGGGAACCCACCAACACCAUGGAUGCUGCUAUGGUAGAACACAACGAUGUCAUGACAAUCAUUGCCGCCUACUCCAAGCGCGAUUUACUUCAACCUGGCCUGCCCCCAUAUAUCCCAUCCACCAUCGCCACGAUCCCACCCAAAGACGCCUCGCGCUUCCUUGCGCUCAUGAACGGAGAGCACAUCCUGGCUAAGGACUGGGCUCCCAUUCGAAAUGCACUACAGGCCAGACAUCCCCUCAAGCAAGACAUCAUUGUGCGCACUCAAACCAUGUUCACCGUGAUUAUGAGCGAGAUUAUCGAUACUGGGAUCCCAUUCUGGGUAUCGGAUCCCUCAGCUGACACCCCGAACUACGGCGCCAUGUACUCUGUAGCACGGCAUGCUGCACGAAUGUUGGGAAUCUUUGACGAGACCGACAUGCGCGAUGCACUUACAUGCUGGAAUCAACUCCGAUACCAGGUACCUGACGAGGAAGCUGGAAUCUGGCAUGCAAUCAAUGGGGCUUCCUGGGCAUUGUCGGACGUCAAGGAGAAAUAUUGGCCGUUCUUAAUGUGGAAUUUGAGAGACGUCUACAUGUCGAAAGCCAUUUUGUAUCAGGUCUCCCUUUUUGUCAAGCUCGUUGAUUAUCUGGGCUCCUACCCAGAGGACUGGCCUGAAGGACUCAAGGAUCCCUUGGAGACUGCGCGGUCGCAUGACCCAACUCUAUGA